AUGCCCAUCUCACUCGCAUUAUUGGAUAACAAAAUGAUGUGCCUCUACACCGCGGUAUUAGCCGCGCAUUUGCGCAGUAUUAGUCGCGUAGUUGAUGCACAUCACUCCUGCAUUAUUAGUUACAUAUUCGAUGCACAUCACUCCUGCAUUAUUAGUUGGCAUUUACAAGCGCCUCUUUCACGAAUCUCGGGAAGCGUAUUAUCUGCGCAACAUUCAAAUGAAAGUGAUGCGCCAAUUUCCAAUGACAUGCCAAUGGGAAAAGAUGCGGUCCGUAUUCAUGCAAGCACAAGUACAUACAAAAAAGCUCUAGAUCCAGCAUUUAAUGCAGAAUAUAGCACGCUUCGUGGUUUAACCAGUAUAUGUUUGCAUUGCAAUGCUAAACAUUUUAAAUGUGAAAAGGGAAGAAAUCAAUUCCUUACAUGCUGCCACGGUGGGAAAGUGCAGAUACCGAUACCUCGCGUACCUGAUUUUUUGGAAAGGGUUUUUGAAAAUAAUUUCAACUCUUUCCGGUCCCAUUACUUAGAGAAUAUAAGACAAAUAAAUAGCUCAUUCGCUUUUGCAUCUUUUGAAGCUAAAAUUGUAGAGCCACCAGGACGUGGCCCUUAUUGUUUUCGUAUACAUGGAUCAAUUUACCAUCGAGUGGGUCCUCUUCAUGCUAAUAAUGAUUCAAACUCAUUAUACGCACAGCUUUAUAUACUUGAUACUGACCAAGCCACUGACAUUCGACUACAAAGGAAUGCAAAUUGCGAUAGUUCCUUGAUGAAAUGCCUACACGAGAUGAUAUCAACCGUGAAUCCCUUAGCCCGUCAGUAUAAAUUUAUGGCACAAGUUGAACGCGAGGAGGAACAGAGGGCACGACAGGCAAAUCGAGUUCCGCACAAAGUGAGCAUGAUUUUCUUCAGUAGUCAUGCGAAUCGGCGUUAUAAUUUGCCUAACUGCUCAGAAAUUGCAGCCGUUUUCACAACUGAGGAUGGUGAACCACCGGCAAGCCGUGAUUUAAGAGUAUUUUCUCACAGCUCAGAAACAUAG